AUGGCUGACGCCGGCGAGUCUUUCAGGCGUCCAACGAGCUCCGACAUUGCGUGGCCUCUACAAUACCCGACUCUCCCGCCGCUAACUGCCUCAGUGGAAGAGUGGCUAUCCCACUCGCGGCUUGCAGGGAAAACAGACAACAUGAUGUCAGGCAAUCCUACCGAUCCUCCUCCGAAGCCUCUGAGCGAGAGCUGGGCAACCUUGAGCGUGUCAGACCUCCACUCCGAAGAUGGAAGCCGCUCAGAGCCAACAGAUAUCGCAUCUUUGAUGGACCAAGCAACCCCGGACGAUGUGGCCAGCCUAGACGAGCGCGACAUCAUCAGCGAUGCGGAGGCUCCCGAUAACGAAUACACUCAGGACGACGAGGAAGAAGACCAGCUCGAGCCGCGGAGCAACGCGGCAUCGCAGCAGUUCCCAUCGCUGUAUGCCCCGCCAGGACCAGCCAUCGAUGACAGCAACCUCACUACUCGACCCUCCUUCCGACAGUCGCUUGAUUCGAUUGAGUUCGUGGAACCAGAGAAAUGGCCCGAGAUGGAAAGGGUAGAACUGAAACGCAUGAUUCAUGUCUUCGAGGGUGAGGCGGCCUCGGAGAUGAGAACCCGACUGCCGUACAACCCGAUCGAUUCGGUCCUUCUGGCAACAGUUCAGCAAACCAUGACCAAACAAAGUCUUGACCUAGACAAGCCCUUCCGUGUUCUCUACAUUGGUCACCCGGAGUUUCGGAACAUCAUCCUCGAUAAAAUCGGCGAUGUUCUGGUGUCGAGCUCAGCGGCCGGGUCUCAGACCAGCUCCACCGAGUCAUCUCGAUAUCACGUUGUGCCUACCUCCUUCGGAAUCGGAGCAGUUCCCAACUUUGCAGAGCUGCUUCCGAUUCAUGUUCAGCUCGUGGUGGAUGAGUGCACGGAAGCGAACGCUGAUCUCCAUGGGGUCCGCCCGAGCACCUUGCAUUUGAACUUCAAGAAUCGGCCUUCGUGCCACUCAUGGUGGGAUGACAGCAUGUAUCAGGUUUCGUCCACUACGGAAUGGACACUCCCUGAUGUGGCUAUUAUUUUUAUUGCCGCCCACGAAAGCCCUGCUGCGGUAAAGACCCGGGGUCUCGCUCAUGUCUUCCUCGAGCGGCACGGGAUUCCGGCGAUGGUCAUCUCGCAAGAAGCUAUCUGGAAAGGGGCUGGCGAAAUUGUGCCCAUCAAUCACCACAGUCUGCACAUGUGCCUCGAGACCCGAAACAAGCAAACUGGAGAGACCGCCGUUCUCAAGCGGUAUCCGAUUGACCUCGAAAACUUUGAGAACAUGACUCCCAGCCAACUCAAUAGGAAUUUGGCUUCUCUUAUGGAUCUAUAUCCAAAGAAGACUCUUAAAGCCACCCCGGAUACCCCGGUACCGAAAGAAAGUUUCUCGUCUGUAGACCCCAAGAAAUACCCAGGUCACUCGAUUCCACCGACAUAUGCUACUCGGGUUUCUGAGCUGGCUCCUCUCCUCCGUCUUGCUCUCUUAGUUCUCGUUUCAGGAAUUGGAGCCACCAUCGGAUACGCCGGACUGAAAGCGAUGUCUAUUUUCCUUGCGCAGCUAAUUGCUGGGUCCGCUCUAUCUCACUCCUUGUCACAGCCAACACCUACCGUCCUUCCGAUGAUGGUUCCAACUCUAGAGGGGGUGCGACAAAGAUCCCUUUCCAUUAGAAGCUCUGGAAAUAUCGAUCUACUCAACAGUCAAUUCCCCGACUGUGCCGUGCCAAAGCCUGCAGGACUUGCAAUUUCAGCCCCUGACUCCUCUGCCGACACCGAUAGCUUCGAGAUCCAAGUCGUGGGAGAUUGCCAUGUGUUCAUCAAGCCCCCUCGCAGCUUUGUGGCUGCCCGGAAGCAGCCACGGUUCGAAGUGGGCGUCUUUCGGUAUGCCAAACCGCUUCCUCACGAAUUGUUCCACUUGUUUGAUGAUGUCUACGCCGUGCGACUGAAUCGACAAGAUGCCUACGGUCUGGUCAAUGUCACGAUCACUGCCAAUUCUAAGCCACGGGUCAACCAAACCAUGCUGGCUGACUUUGGAACCCCAUGGCUGAAGAUUGAAAACUGGCGGCGGGCGGCACGCAGUAUCUCUCAUCAGUUCACGACGGAUUUGCAGAUCGCUCAAACCGGCCUGACUGAGGCGUAUGGUCAUUUCGUUACCGAUCUUCAAGUAAUCGUGGGGGACGUUGUCAAGCGAUCUCACUAUCUACGAGAGAAUGCCGAACGUCUCCGUCGCGAGAGUUUGAACCCCGAAAAUGGAGUUCUGUCUCGGUCAAAGCAGCUUUCAGAGGUUAUCACCCACAAUGCCGUGCAGCAGUUCCGAAGUGCUUCUUCUCUCCUCCACAGCCGUUCCGUAAUAGUCAAUCGACGCGCCAAGGGGAUCGUCAGUACUGCCUGGGGCCGCCUUGGAGCGUCUGCCGGAAAGGUUGAUAUUCGCUCUGUGAUGGAUCGAGUGCGUGAUACAAAUAGCGCCGCCCUUCAUCGAGCUCAGACCCGGGCCCGGCACCUCGUGGGACGUCGAGAGGAGAAGUCGAGUUGA